AUGCCAUCGCCUCUGCUCCUGGGGUAUGCGCGCCUCAGUCGGCACAUGCGCAUCCUAGGACACCGUUUAUACAGCAACUCUAUCCGCAGCCCAGCAGUGUCUGUUUUGUUUCAAGACACCGAGCCACCAAUUAUCAAUGGCGUUCGAAAACCUAGAAAACCAGGUGGCUAUCAAGACUCCGGCGCCGAUAUUGCCUUCACCCUCCAAUCAAAAGGGUUGGAAAUAGUAACCCCUAUAGCUUCACCAGACGUCUAUAAAAAUGAGGGUUGGUGUUUCUCCGAUACCGAGAGCGACAUUUGCGUCGCCGUGGAAAAAGGGGCCACACAUCUCUGGGCCAACACUAUCCUCUUUGAUUCCCACCCGCUACAGAUAUCCGAAAAGCUGGGUCGCUAUGCAUCCGACCUAUAUGUUGUUGGUCAACCUCCGGCAAUGGUUCAGAAUUUCGAUGACAAAGCUUACCUGAACGGAAAGCUGAGAGACAUCGGUGGCUAUACUCUCCCACGUUCAUGGCUUGUAAAAGUCUCUGAUAAUAUUGAUGAGAUGGUUGGAUCAAUAAACCGAUUCCCUGUUGUCGGAAAGCCAAUUCGUGGACGUGGAAGCCAUGGCGUCAAACUUUGCCACAGCCCAGCGGAGUUAAAAAAACACAUUGGUCAGUUGAUCGAUGAGUCACCGGUUGUCAUGGUUGAAGAGUAUCUUGCAGGUGAGGAGGCAACCCUUACUAUCAUGCCUCCGUCACCCGAGCGGCCCGAGCAUUGGAGUAUGCCCCCAGUCUCGAGGUUCAACCACAAAGAUGGCAUCGCGCCAUAUAAUGGCGUAGUAGCUGUCGUGGGUAACUCCCGUGUUGUUACCGACGAGGAAAUGGAAGACCCUGCUUAUAGCAAGAUCAUGGAUGAGGGCGUUAAGGUGGCGGCGUUGAUUGGGGCCACUGCGCCCAUCCGGAUUGACAUGCGAAGAUUCAGUCCAGGCUCUGAAUUCGCCCUCUUUGACAUCAACAUGAAGCCGAACAUGACCGGUCCAGGGCGGCCGGGACGAGAGGAUCAAGCAAGCUUGACUGCGAUGGCAGCGACCGCAAUCGGUUGGGACUACGGCACCCUCUUGCAGAAAAUCCUCGCCGGCGCUAUUGAGCUGAGCAGAUUCCGAGCAUAUCGUAGCCCUUUCUAG